AUGUUCCGUAACCAGUAUGACCAGGAUGUGCUGACGUGGAGUCCGCAGGGGCGUCUGCACCAGAUCGAGUAUGCUCUGGAAGCUGUGAAACAGGGCGGUGCCGUGGUUGGAUGUAAGGUAAGUCAGUUAAAGGCAUGUAACGCGACAACCGUAGUGCUGGUGACCUUAAAUCGAGAACUUCCGAACCAAUCGAAACAACAGAAAAAGAUAUUCAAAAUAGAUAAUAAUAUUGGUAUUGCAGUUUCAGGGCUCGCAUCCGACGCAGUUCUCUUGACUGAACAGUUACGUGCUGAAUGCACAAAAUCGAAGUUUAUAUAUGGAUCUUCUCCUCCACUUUCCCAGCUUGCAGAUACUAUUUCAAGAAAACUGCAGGGUCAAACACAAAGAUCAUCUCGACGACCAUAUGGUGUUGGUUUGAUAUUGGCCGGCUUAGAUAAUUCUGGGACAUCUAUAUUUCACGUGUGUCCCUCUGGUAACUUGUACGAAUAUGAUUGCUUUGCAUUAGGCUCUCGCUCACAAGCCUCGAAAACUUAUUUAGAAAAGUAUAUAGACACCUUGAAAGAAUGCAGUCGUGUAGAGGUGCGAAAUUUCAAGUUAUUUAUUACUAAAUAUGACAUUCAGAAUAGUUAA